UGGAGCUGGGGGCGCUCAUGCGCCCCCGCAGGUGGCCCUGGGAGGGCCUCGCUGCCUGGACCCACCUGGGCGCUCGUUCGCCAGUUUCUGGGGCGCUGGUUCACCACCGGCCUCGCCUCCAACUCGAGCUGGUUCCGGGAGAAGAAGGCGAAGCUGUUCAUGUGCAAGUCGGAGGUGACCGCGAUGGAGGACGGUGGCCUCAAUCUGACCACCACCUUCCUCAGGAAAAACCAGUGUGAGAGCUGGACCAUGUUGCUGCACCCCUCGGGCCCCGCCGGCCACUACAGCUACACCAGCCCCUACAAGGGCAGCACCCAAGAGGUGGCGGUGGUGGAGACGGACUACGUGCAGUUCGCCCUGCUCUACACCGAGAGCCCGGGGCUGCACUUCCGCAUGGCCACGCUCUACAGCCGCAGCCAGAGCCCGGGGACAGCCGUGGAGGAGAAGUUCUCCGCCUUUGCCAAGGCCCGAGGCUUCACAGAGGACUCCAUUCUCUUCCUGCCCCGGCCGGAUAAGUGCCUGGAGGAGCUGGAGUAAGUAGGUGUCCGCAGCCCUCGGCCGGGUGCUCCGGCUCCGCUCUCCUGCAAGACCCCAGGACCCAGCCUCCCUGCUCCCGCCUCCGCCCGUCGGCUUCACCCUGCUGAGAAAUAAACUUCGGACGUAGCGACCGGC